AUGCAAGAAGAAGAAGCUCUGUCAAAAAGCUUGAAAAUGGUUCAACGUCUUACAUUUAGGCGACGGUUGUCGUACAACACCAAGUCAAACCAGAGGAGAAUAGUAAGAACUCCAGGUGGACGUCUUGUCUAUCAAUAUGUAAAGAAGCCCAAGAAGAUCCCAAGAUGUGGUCAAUGCAAAAGCAAGCUUAGAGGUAUCCAACCUGCCAGACCUGCGGAGCGUUCCAGACUUUGCUAUCGUAAAAAGACAGUGAAGCGUGUAUAUGGUGGUGUUCUCUGCCACAAGUGUGUCAAGCAACGCAUUGUCAGAGCUUUCCUCAUUGAGGAACAAAAGAUUGUAAAGGUCCUCAAGGCGCAACAAGCAACUGCCAAAGCUGGCAAGAAGACUACAAAA